GUAAAUGCUGACACUGUAUAUUUAGGGGAUUAGAGAUCGUCUUGAGUUUCUUCCAGUCAUUGGAGAUGCUCUUUUCGGCAUCGCAAAGCGCUCAAAGUGUGUCGAUAUUAAAGAGAAGAUUAGAGAUGUAUCACAUAUGCCCUAUUUGAGCCCAACAACAGGACGUGGCAGUGCAAGAUCGAUUCAUACAGGCAUCAGAACGCAGCUUUGGAAGGUCUUGGAUCGCGCAAGUCGGGAUUUAGGAAACACCAAAUCAUUGAAACCGGUUGGUACUUUGCGCCAAAAUAGACGUCACAAAAACGAGGAGUCAUCCCAUGCCACUCGGAGGGUAGAAAAUGCGUCCAAGAAGAUCCUCGCUGUCCCAGUAAACCAGGGCGAAGAGAUCCUCGAGUUCACACCUCUUGAACACGACAUUUCCUUGGACCCCGAUUUUGAAGACCUAUUCAGCGAUUUUGAACCUCUGGACGAGGCAUCUUCGUACUCGGGUGAGAAUAAGUUGUGGGAUGACGAAAGUCUUCUCCUGGAGCCACUCCACAAGAAUGAAGAACGACAAGUACCUGGCGAAAUGAGUGUGACUGGUGAUGCCCAUGAUGAAUUUGUUUCUCUAGAAAAAAGUCAACAAAGUCAGGGGAGUUUUGAUCUCAGUGUCGCCGAGACUGCCGCGCUUUGUAAUGACGGACUGUCGUCUCAAACGUCGCAACUGCUCGACUGUGACUUGUUUUCGGGAGCGGGAAUUCUUGAUGACUGCAUGUUUUCAUGAUCAAUAUAAUACAACAUCAUGAAAGCAACCUGCAAUAAUCAGUGGAAUUAUGAACAUGGCCAACCUGAAAAUGCGAAUGAUUAUCCAUCGCGUUGGUCGCCGUGGGGAACAGUCCACAGAACGCCCGUUCGCAGCCACGCGAGGCAUACAUUUCCAUCAAUAAUCAUUAAACCCAGAUAAAUUCCCUUGAUUCUGACACCAACGUCAAAAAAUUUACAAAAAAUCAUCCAGCACAUGCAUGUACUGUAGUACGACGUCAUGUAAUUCAAUAAAUUAUAGCCCGGUUCAAAUCGCGUUGGAGAGGCCUGAAGCUCAUAAUACUGCAAGUCGUGACGACAUGAGACCCUGAAACCGAACCAGGCAAAACAACAAUAAAUCACGCCCUUUACUUUGCCAU